AUUAUGUACUUAAAUUAUUUACAUUACUUCCUUAAAUCGUUUAACAUUAAAGCCAUAACAAUCGAAGUUUCAAGUCCCGGUGACGAAUCUUCCGUGACCGGACGAAACUCUCUUUUUACCACGCUUCGCACUGCUGUCUGAAAGAUGGCGACUCACAGUACCAUUGCAGACCUGCUGCCGGUCCAAAGCCAGUUGGACUACGCCCUGGAGGAUGCCAUAUCGCCAGAAGAACAAAUGGAGCUUGUGCUUCAGUAUUUGAAGAAAAUCGACGAUAGGGGAAAGGAUCUGAAAAUCCCCGACUUUGAAGAAGGCCUGGAGUGGCUGAACACAAAGGGUGCUCUCUCCCUGGCCACAGACCUUGUUGGGAAAGUGGUGGUGCUCGAUUUCUUCACCUUCUGCUGCAUCAACUGCAUGCAUCUGCUGCCAGACCUGCAGGAGCUGGAGCGGCGCCACCCUGUGGAAGACGGCCUGCUGGUGGUGGGUGUCCACUCGGCGAAGUUCCCACAUGAGCGAGAAGCGGCCAGCGUGCGGAGCGCUGUGCUGCGACAUGCUAUUGGCCAUCCUGUAGUGAACGACGGCCAUGCCUGCCUUUGGCAGGCCCUUGAGGUGUCCUGCUGGCCCACCCUGGUGCUGCUUGGCCCACGAGGAAACCUGCUCUUCUCCCUGGUGGGCGAGGGACACCGCGACCGCCUCUUCCUGUUCACCCAGGCCUCCCUGCGACACUAUGGCCAAGCCGGGCAGCUGCGGCCUGGCGCUGCCCUGCUAGAGAAACUGUGCCGGGACACAGUGCCCCCCUCUGCUCUGGCCUUCCCAGGGAAGGUGGCGAUGGACCGUGAGGGGCAGCGGCUGGUCGUGGCGGACACCGGCCACCACAGGAUCCUUGUUCUCUCCAGCCGAGGACACGUGCUUCACUCCGUGGGGGGGCCAGUGAGCGGGUGGAGAGACGGGAAUGUGGCGGAGGCCUUGUUCAGCUCCCCCCAGGGCGUCGCCUUUAAGGGAGAUGUGGUUUUCGUCGCUGACACUGAGAAUCACCUCAUCAGAAAGAUCGAUCUCCUGGAGGGGAAGGUUAGCACUCUGGCUGGUGUGGGGGUGCAGGGCACAGACAAGGAGGGGGGGGGCUUUGGCCCCCUGCAACCUAUCAGCUCGCCUUGGGACCUGGCCCUGGGCACUGCUGGUGGCCCGGAAGAUGGCGUCCUCUGGAUCGCAAUGGCCGGCACCCACCAGCUGUGGGCGCUGUUCCUGGAGGAUGGGAAGCUGCCUAAAGGCAGGGAAUGCCCCAAGGGCACGUGCAUGCGGUUUGCCGGCAGUGGCAGCGAGGAGAACCGCAACAACGCCUACCCCCACAAGGCGGGCUUCGCACAGCCCUCGGGCCUGGCUGCUGAGCCAGACGCGCCCUGGGCCUGCCUGUUCAUAGCCGACAGCGAGAGCAGCACCGUCCGCACCGUGUCCACUGUGGACGGGGCCGUCAGGAACCUGGUCGGAGGAGAGAGGGACCCGCUGAAUCUCUUCGCUUUCGGAGACGUGGAUGGCGCUGGGGUUAGCGCCAAGCUGCAGCACCCGCUGGCCGUGGCCUGGAGCCGUCAGAAGCAGCUGCUGUACGUCGCCGACUCCUACAACCACAAGAUCAAGGUGGUGGACCCAGGGACCAAACAGUGCAGGGUGCUGGCCGGCAGCGGGGAGGCGGCAGGUGCCCUGGGGCCCUUCAGCGUGGCUGGCUUCAGUGAGCCGGGGGGGCUGUGUGUGGGGGCCGACGAUGAGGUGCUCUACGUGGCCGACACUAACAACCACCAGAUCAAGGUCCUGCACCUGGAGAGUGGCAUGGUGUCACUGCUCUCUCUCUCGCUCCCUCCCUCCCUCCAGCUGCCCGUCUCUGUGGAGCAGGACGUCACGGAUACCAUAGCCCCCACCGCCCCCAGGAAGGCCCCCCCGCUGCCCAGAUCUGCCCCCAAAGUGGAGAUGUCCCCACUGAUUGCGCCUCCUGGAAUAAGGAUAAAACUGCGGCUGCAGCUCUCGCUGCCAGCCGGGUCCAGUCUGACCCCGGAGGCCCCCAGCUUCUGGGCCCUGUCUGCAGACGGGGAGGAGUGGCUCCUGCAAGACCAGCAUGUGAGCGGGGACAUCACAGACAUGUCUGAGCUGCCGUCUGUCACGGUGCUCGUCCCGGCGACGGCUCCGCAGGCCACGCCCACUCUGGUGCUGGACGUGUGGCUGUGUUUCUGUGGUGUGGGGGGCACGUGCAUGAUGAGAGCGGUGUCCUUCCGGCAGCCGCUGAGCGUUGCCGGUGAACCGUGCGACGCCACCGUGGAGGUUACGCUGCCCCACGCCUUCUGAAGGCCUCGGGUUUCCAUUUCCUCACUCCUACGCUCAUCCUUUUCUGCCGCCUCCGGCUACAGGGGUCUCCUCGGCGCCCCCUAACCCGGCGGCAGCACAAUCAAGUGCCUGUUGGGGACCUGGUCCCUCCCAAAGCAGUGCUGCAGCUGGUGGUGUUUGCUCACGAGAUUUAAAUUCUCCGCAGAGCUCUGGCACUGCCCUGCCAGGCCGAGUGGAGCUUAACAUCUCCUUUAGAGGAGCACUUAUGCACUUAUGAUGUCGAUUUUAACUUGUGUUUACUGUUUAUGUCUAAAUAACUGAUGACUAAAUGCUUUAUUGGGACAUAAUAACAUAAAUAUUGAGUUAGAGUAUAGCUGUCCUGCUAUCUGACCUCUUUGAGCGCCGCCCUGCUGGCCAAUUUGGAUAGCUGCGCUCGCCUCAUUCUGCCACACCCAUGUCCUCUGUGUUGCUCAGUGAUAUGCGUCUAAAAUCCAAGUGAAUCCCAGGAUGCCACAUGGGGCCAAUUCCCCAGAGCUGCCCCACCCCCGCGUUGCCAUGACUAAGUCUCUGGGUGCCUCAAAGACAAGGAUGGUUCUGGGGGGUGCAGGCCUGCUCUGGUGCCACUGUGGUGUGGACCCUGUCGGGCCUGGUCCUGGCAGGGCUCCGCACCCUCUGCCUGCUGGUUUCGGCCAGUUCCCACAGGAGUUCCUUCCUGCGAAUAAAAGGCAGGUGUGGUACAGGCUGCCCAUGUCACUGUCAACAGCAAAGAGAGAAGCGGGACCCCGUCGGCUGACAGGCUUCACACAUGUGACCGUUUGUCAGAAUAUGAAUAUUGUAAUAAAACAUUUGGUCAGA